GAAGUUGUUGGUCUAGUUUGUACACACUCGCAGAUGUUGUAUCAGCUGUGCGCUCCGUGAGUCACAUCCCUCCAUUUUAUUAGACAGUUAUUAACAAACAAAGGUGGAUCUCAGUUCGCCCUCUGUGGGAGCUAAAUUUAGAGCGAUCUUUUCUGAAGAGAUUCCGGUUUUUCCUCUUUCUCAUCGCGCCUCCUCGCCGGCUGUAUAUUGAUGGCGGGCCGUUUCCCAGAUGAUGGAACGCUUAACCCGGGGUCGUCAUGACUUUUCUGAUGGUGUGGCGGUGGACAAGCGGCCGCGUCCUCGGAGGAUGGGGCCCGCUGCUGUGUGUGGUCCUGGGCUCACUGGUGGCCUUGUUGAUACCCCUGGUCGGCGUGGAGGAUCAGUGCCGCACAGCUCUGAGAGGCUUCGCUCAACUCCGCUGCCAGCUGUGGAGCAACUAUCGCCAGCCGGCUACUGUCCAGUCCACCAGCCUCACCGUUCCUUUCACCGCCAUUGACCUGCUGCCUCAAAAAUCCAAGCCCAGCAAAGAGAUGGUGCUGGAAUCCCGGGCGGCGCUGCAACAAGCCCUCGAGAUGAAGAAGUCUGGGAAGCGGGAAAAGGCUCACAAGCUGCUGGUGCACGCUCUCAGUAUGAACCCCGAAUACGUGGAUGCUCUGACGGAGCUGGGGACAAUUCUGGAGGAGGAGAAGGACGUGGUGCAGGCAGACCACCUCUACACCAAAGCUCUGGCCAUCUCGCCGUGCAACCAGCGAGCUCUGGUCAGCAGAGACAGGACUCUUCCCCUGGUGGAGGAGAUCGACCAGCGCCACUUCGGCAUCAUCGACAGUAAAGUUCGCCGGUUGAUGUCCAUCCCCAAGGGGAACUCGGCGCUCAGGAGGGUGAUGGAGGAGACCUACUAUCACCACAUCUACCACACCGUGGCCAUCGAGGGCAGCACACUGACUCUGUCUGAAAUCCGACACAUCAUCGAGACGCGCUACGCCGUCCCUGGCAAGAGUCUUCAGGAGCAGAACGAGGCCAUCGGCGUGGACGCAGCCAUGAAGUACAUCAACACCACCCUGCUGUCCAGAAGUGGAGACAUCUCGGUCGGUGACAUCCUGGAGAUCCACCGCCGUGUCCUCGGUUACGUCGACCCGGUGGAGGGGGGGAGGCUGCGAAGCAGCCAGGUCUUUGUGGGCCACCACAUCCCACCUCACCCGCAGGACCUGCAGAGACACAUGCAGGAGCUGGUCCAGUGGCUGAACUCAGAAGAGGCGCUGCAGCUUCACCCCGUGGAGUUCGCGGCUCUGGCUCACUACAAACUGGUGUACGUGCACCCGUUCGUCGACGGCAAUGGCAGGACGUCAAGACUGUUGAUGAACCUGGUGCUCAUGCAAGCCAGAUACCCACCCAUCACCAUUCGGAAAGAGCAGAGGUCGGAGUACUACGCCGCUCUGGACACGGCCAACGAGGGUGACGUGCGCCCCUUUAUCCGCUUCAUCGCCAAAUGCACCGAGCUCACGCUGGACACGCUGUUGAUCUCAACCACUGAGCACGCCGUCGGGCUGCCCGGGGCGGACCAGUUCAUCCCAGUUCACAACUGAGCCGCCGAGCCAGGGAGUCGUCUUUGCUGCUAUUUUAUCUCUGAAGUGGUAUUUUCUAACACAGUGUCACCAACCUUAACACAGAGUUGACCAACAGAUUCCAACUGGUUCACGGUCCAAACCGAUGCUGACAAGUCAUUUGAGGGAUUAAGGUCUAAUACACUGUUAGGCAUUUUGUUAUUUAUUUCUAAAUAAAGUUUUAUUUACAUUUUAUGUGGUAAUGAUGGACAUACUGUUGCAGCUCUGGAAUUCACAGAAGUUUAAGUUAAUACAAACACAAUGCAUAUAAAAACUGGCAAUUUUGUAUUUAUUUCACUCAAAAGCCACAAAAUUCUGGACAACUGAAACCAAUAAAAUCGUUCAGUAUAGACAACUACGCAUUUACAGCGAGGCAACUUCGGUGAGGUCAUCUGGGAUGUUACACAUAUUCACACCUGUCAAAAACAGACUGAAAUAAAACGUCUCUUUGUCCUCUCUGACACCGCAGAAGGUCAAGAAGGAAUGGGUUGGUGAAAAGUCUCAUGUUUUGACAGGCCAGGGACUUCUGUGUAGUUGCAUGUGAGGUGUGAUGCCUUUACACUUUUAGCCACUAAAGAAUUAAUAGUAAUCAUACACAGAGCCACAGUGAAGACGAGAUUUUGACCCAGCUCAACGUC